AUGGAGACUGCGGGAAUAUGGACACUAUGGAUGCUGUUCGUGUCAGCGACCGCUUGCUCUCUCUGCCCGCUGCGGGUUCCGCCACGACCUCGACCACUGGAUCAGUACAAACUACCGACAAUUCCUGACUUUAAUUUGGAAACGAUGCCGGUGUUCUGCAAUUUCUCCCGGGAACUCGUCGUUGACGGAGAGUGCCGAAGUGGUUUCGAGAAGCUACUAUGCACCACUGAUGAGACAAUGGAUUCGUUAAUAUGCAGUGGACAAGCCGAGAGCGUUGAGAGGUGUUCGGCUUGCGCGAAAAAAUGGCACGAAAGCAAAUGGGCACUUAGUUGGUGGGACUCGUUGGGCAAGCCUGCAGCCGGCGUCAGCGAUGGCAACUAUUAUUGGUUAGGUGAUUACGAGUUGUGCUCACAACUUAGAAGAGAAGAAAAGUUUGAUGGGAAGUACUGCCGAGUGGAGUUGGAAAUUCCUGACUCUUUGGUCGAAGAAGGCUGUCCUCAGACAGAUCCACUUGCUAUUGUCUUGGGAGUUUGCAUGCCGAGUUCGUGCACUGAUGAUCAGCUUCAUCGUUUGGUUGAACGUUACUCUCCAUACAAGACAACAAUCGAUUGCGAAUUAGAUAUGCGUUUUUCAACAGCGGCGGUCACGUUACUGGUGUUAUUUGGACUUUGGGUGGUGCUGCAAAUCGCCGUCACCGUGGUGGAUUCGGAUUCCUUACUAUUACUGUGUCUCAAUAUCAAGCUGAACGCGAGGCGAGCUCUCUCAACAAAGAGAAAUGAGAAGAAAGGAAGAUGCGGUACUGCAGUGACAUUUAGAGCUCCACAGAGUCUUCAUGCGUUGCACGGUCUGGAGUUCAUCGCAUUCAUCUGGCUGAUCACCGGCAUGGUCUACAACCUUAUGCAGCCGUACAUCGAGAACGUUGCAUUCUCAUAUGAUGCGGUUUCAUCGUUAACUGUACAUCCAACUAACAACUAUUCGUAUCUCGUUGACGGUCUUCUAGCCAUGUCUGCUCUCUACACAACAUAUCUGCUCUACGGCGAAAUGUCGUCAGUCAACGACUUACUGCAUGUCGUUCGCCGAACUUUGCUAAGUUUAUACGUUGCUCUUCCGCCUAGGUUUCGUAACUGGAACCCGAAGACGUGUACGAAGAUGCACUCAUUUGCCGCACUGGUCCUUGUGAAUCGUACGAUUUGCUAUCUUGCUACCAGAUUUUGGCCCGCGUAUGCGUUCUGCGUUUUAUUCAUGUGGAUCUUGUUUCCAGAAUCGUCAUCUGGUCCUCUGUGGAUUCAUACUGAAACGGCGGAACGCUGUUCGAACAGCUGGUGGAAGAACAUCCUAUUCAUUAACAAUCUCUUUGGUGUGAGGGAUACGUGUGUCGAUUUCGGCUAUGUCGUUUCUCUAGAAGCUCAGUACUUUGUGCCUUUGAUAGCGCUGAUCUAUCUGGCGAGAACUCGACUACUUCUGGCUAAGAUCAUUGCCAGUUUACUUAUGUCGGUCUCGACUUUGAUUGGAUUCUAUCGCACCUAUGCCGGUGCUCUUCCACCAGCACCUCUACUCACUGCAGAACCAAUAGAGUGA